UAACCAUGUGAUACACAUGCGGUUCAUUAUUUAUAAACAUGUUUAAGUGUCACUUGAUUAUUAGAUCUGUCGUAUUGCCAUACUUUUUGUAAUACUUCGUUCUAAGUAAUUAUUUUAAUUAAGUGUAUUCAGUGAAAUUAUUUAUUGCAUUGGUUUUAUUGAGCCUGCCGUUUUCUAUUUUCACAUAGUAGUUUUUUGAAGUUUGAAAUCUUUGAAGUUAAAAUGGAAAAUGAAAUAGAAAUGGAAAAUCCCCAAGAACUAACUGAUGAAAAAGAAGUUCCUAACCUUGGUUUGUCUGAUGUCAUGAAUAAAAUCUUAAAAACAAGUAAACCACGGAAGAAGAAAACUAUUGUUUUAGCUAAGGCAAAAAAAUUAUCUGCUAAACAAGCAAUUGAGGCUGUUAAAGAGAAAGAUUCAUUGUCAAAUAAUCAAGUAAAGCCCUGUGAUUGGAUUAUUAAAGGGAGAAUGAAGCCUAAUGUUUUGGAGAGAAAUUUUGAAAAACGUCUGUUAAAAAUUACUGUAAGUGGUGUUGUGAACUUAUUUAAUGCUGUUAAUCAGUGUAAAAUUAAAAGUGGAAACCCCGAUUCUCUAGUGAAAAAAGACAAUUUUAAAUUAAUAGAUAAAAGUAAAUUCUUAGGAAUAUUACUAAAUGGGACUGCUACCUCGAACAAAGAGGAUUCUGAACAUAAUGAUAAUGAUAUUGAAUUAGAUGUUGAAAAAAAAGAUAAUGUAACUUGGGAUGUUCUAAAAAAAGACUUUGGUAGUGAUACAAAGUGGAGGAAUUGGGACACAACUAUAUCAAAUAAAAAAUAAUUUUUAAUUAA